AUGGAGACAAACAGCCAGGUUCAACAGCCUUUCGAACCUCUGAGUGCCUGUUCAUGGCCGUUACUAUUCGGUGUUUGGGCGCUACUUGUCUCUCCAACACUACAGGAUACCGUGUAUAGCGCGAAUGGCACCCUAGCAGUCCAUAGUAUUGCGCCAUGCCACCUCUACGGUGACGGAGAUCUAUACGGCCGAGGUGUCCGCUGGAGCUUCUACAUACAGUUUAUCGCCGGCACUUUUGGAGACAUCUGGGGUCUAAAAGAGGAGCUUCGUGCACUACGAAUCGGCUUCAAUAUCAUCAUAUUUGCCGUCCUGGUCGCCACAAUCCUGAGCACGAAUCGUGGCAGCCUGGCCGCUUUGGAAUGGUAUCUUGUCUCCUCCAUUGUCCUAAUCCUGCCAUUCUACGUAUCUUGGCCUCUUCGGUUCGGCUUUAUCAAAAAGGCGGAGUGGAAGGAAGCAUGGAUUCAGCGCUCGAAGCAAGAACUACCGACUUGGAAGACGUUCUGGAAAGGUUGGCUCAAAGCUUUGAUUUGGAAGAGCAUGGCCAAAGCCUUGAGGAGCAAGGUCCGCCUUCCCAUCUUCGGCAGCUUCAUUGAAGCAGGAAACGAAAAGGAGUAUGCAAAAGACUAUCUCUCCAUGGGACUGCUUCUACUCCUCUACACUGUCUAUCUCGCACUCCAACCCUGGCUUUAUUUCAUGCGCGCCUAUCAAGGAUAUAAGACAGGGUGCGCCGUCCGAAUCUAUGUCGUCUACCGCUACGUGGACGUCCAUGGCCAUAAAUGGGUCAUUUUGAUGAGGAUCGGUGCGGUCUUGGCAAUUUUGUUUGCCCUCUACACGUUAAAGAAAUCUGUUCUCUAUAUUCGCCGAGGUGUCCAUAAUUGGCUCAAGGAAAUGCGGGAGAAGGAAAGGGAGAAACUCGUAGCGGACUUGGAGCGCAACGACGAGGAGAGGGAAGAACCAGCUCGGCCAAGAACCCACCUUGGGCUGGCACGGGAGACCACCGUCGAUAAAGAGGACUUGACAUCGCUAUCCAGCAUGGAAUACAAACGACGCAAGAAGUUCUAUGACGACAACAAAGCAAUAUUCGAAUCUUACUAUUACUUGGUAUCGAUCUUAAUGCACAUCGCCGCUGCAGUUCCAGCCUUUGUGGGGACAUCGGUCAUCAAGUUCGUCGAGGCCACAAUCUCCGAGAACGACAUCGACCUAUCGGCGUCUCCAUUGAGUUCCACAAGUCAGCUGCUUCCACUCAUUGUCGGCAUCCUCACAUCCCUCAAUGUUGCUUGCGCGCUUCUGUUCAAGGCCAAAGCGUCUUGGGAAAAGAACGGGGAGUCCAUUCUCCUGAAUCUUAGCACCGCCACCGAGAAUACCGGAGUUGCCAUUAUACAGGGCCUUAAGACAUUCGCCAAGGAUACCGCUAAACGCUAUCGGUCGGCCUGGGGAUGGCUCAAGGAUAAGUGGGAACCUAUCCAAGCGACAAUCCAGCGAACGGACGAGGGAUUCAAGGAGCGCGUCACCUGGAUUCGCAGAGGAAUAGUCGAGCAAGUCUUAUGGCCGACCAUCCGGCACCUUGCCACCAUGGUCAAGAAAAUUGGCGCCUUUUGUACUCCUCGUCAACGUAAUAGCACCCCAGGCUUAAUCGCCGUCCCAGAUCGUCAGUCAUCUCUUCGAAGUCAGCCAGCUUUGGAAAGCUCCAACACUCGUCUUCACGCUCCACAAGGCCAAUCUACAGGGCUCCGCUACUGA